CACGGUCUCCGUGGGGAGGGCUGGCGGCCCCCCGCCUUGGCGCUGCGAGUGACCUUCAGCCUCCCGCUGGGCCAGUGCGCGCCGCUGUCCCUGGCCGAGGCGGGGGGUGGCUGGCAGGAUCGGUGCGGGGAGAUCCCUCAUUUGGUGCCCCGUGUCCUACAUCGGCUCAGCGGAGCGCGGCCGCGUUGUCUUGAAUGUCGGCAAAGGCUGGCAGACGCUGCUACACAUGGAGGGGUUUGCACGCAUUGACUCGUUCUGCAUUCAUUGCAAGAAAACCUGAGUAUACAAAACCAAACUGGGGAAAGGUUGGACUGACUUUUGGCACCACUGCAGCUCUGUGGAUCCUACUCUUCAAGCAACAUAAUGAAGAUGUAAUGGAAUAUGAAAGGAGAAGAGAAGAGAGGGAGAAACGUGAUGCAUGUACAGGAUGUUCAUAGUUGAAGAUAUGCUCGAAGAAGUGAUUGAGCGAUUAAUUGUAAUCCACAAGGAAAUGAUGAACAGGGUAUCAGAAAAUAUCUGGAUAUUUAUCUGUUCUCAAUGUUUUGUACAAAGCACUGUGAAAUAAACAGCAAUUAAUAUGGAA